UUUUAAUAUCAACACCCGACAGAUCUUUGGAUCCCUAAGGCAUAGCAAUCCCAAGACUGUGGAACUUAGUUCAGAAAAUGUCGCGGAACAUGGCCAACUCCUACGUUUGGCCAUGCCUUGUAUAUGCCUUGGCAUUAAGCUUGAUGGCCAAUAUGGUAACUGCAGAUUACGAGCCUUAUUCUCCUUCACCACAACCUCCAUCACCGUCUCCUGCUCCUCCUUAUGCGUAUAAAUCCCCACCUCCACCAUCACCUUCACCACCUCCUCCAUAUGUCUACAAGUCUCCUCCACCUCCAUCACCGUCACCCCCUCCUCCUUACGCUUAUAAAUCCCCACCUCCACCAUCUCCUUCACCACCUCCCCCAUAUGUCUACAAGUCUCCACCACCUCCAUCACCAUCACACCCUCCUCCUUAUGCCUAUAAAUCCCCACCUCCACCAUCUCCUUCACCACCUCCUCCAUAUGUCUACAAGUCUCCUCCACCUCCAUCACCUUCACCACCUCCUCCAUAUGUCUACAAGUCUCCUCCACCUCCACCACCAUCACCAUCACCCCCUCCUCCUUACGUCUAUAAAUCCCCACCUCCACCACCUCCUCCAUAUGUCUACAAGUCUCCUCCACCUCCAUCACCAUCACCACCUCCUCCUUAUGUCUAUAAAUCCCCACCUCCACCCUCUCCUUCACCUCCACCUCCAUACUACUACAAGUCUCCUCCACCUCCAUCACCUUCUCCCCCUCCUCCUUAUCUCUAUAAAUCCCCACCUCCACCAUCUCCUUCACCUCCACCUCCAUACUACUACAAGUCCCCACCUUCACCAUCUCCAUCACCACCCCCACCUUACUAUUACAAGUCCCCACCUCCACCAUCACCAUCCCCACCUCCAUACUACUAUAAGUCUCCACCUCCACCAUCUCCCUCACCACCCCCGCCUUCCUAUUACAAGUCUCCACCUUCACCAUCACCAUCCCCUCCGCCCUACUAUAAGUCCCCACCUCCACCAUCACCAUCCCCUCCACCCACAUACUACUAUAAGUCCCCACCUCCACCUUCACCAUCACCACCGCCACCUUACUAUUACAAGUCACCACCACCACCAUCACCAUCUCCUCCACCUCCAUACUAUUACAUGUCCCCACCUCCGCCAUCUCCAUCACCACCACCACCUUAUUAUUAUAAGUCACCACCACCACUAUCACCAUCACCAUCCUCUCCACCACCUUACUAUUACAAGUCCCCUCCUCCACCAUCUCCUUCUCCUCCAUCUCCUUAUUACUACAAGUCUACACCACCUCCUUCUCCAUCCCCACCUCCUCCAGUAUAUCACUACUACUCUCCUCCACCACCUGUUGUUUACUAAGCAAAAGAAAGCUUAAUUUUAAUUCAUUUUACAAAUUAAUGAAGAGAAUAAUUGCCCGAUCAAGACGUACGUGGUCUGAUAAUUCUUGGGGUUCGCCUUCGUUCAUUUUAUCUCAUACAAUACAAAGAAGCUGCAUAGAGCAGAUACUCAGCUGUGUUUCCCAUAUAUAUAUUUUUUUCUUGUCACGAUCAUAUACAUGAAGAUGAAGUAUUGUUUUUGUUUUCGUUA